CUCGAUUGGGAUGAGUUUAGAACACUAUUUGAGAAUGACAUGGGUUCAAUUAAAACAUCUGAUCCUUUAGGGCCAAAGGCAAUGGCGACAUUAUUAGUCUCAGCAUCUCUCAACAAUCCCUUUUCAUACUCGCAUAUCCCCAUUUCUUCAAGCAAACCCGUUUUAUUGUUCCCCAAUUUUCUCCAAUUUACCCCAGUUCAUCGUCACCCUAGCAACAGAAGCUCUUCUCGUGAUCAAAGAUGGCAUAAAGCUUUCGCUAAAAAUUCAAGCAAAAACGAGGAAGAAGAAGACCCAUCAAUCCCCUCAUGGGCCAAACCCGGUUCUAAAGAUCCGCCUCCAUGGGCUAGAGAUGAGUCCCAAAAAGAAUCUCUCAGCUUCGAGAUUCCCUUUUAUGUGUAUCUUCUUGCCUCAAGUAUCACUGCUAUUGCUGCCGUCGGGUCGGUUUUUGAGUACGUGAAUCAAAAGCCGGUUUUUGGUCUUUUGAACUCCGAUAGUGUAUUUUACACUCCUCUUCUUGGGUUCUUUGCUUUUACAGGCAUUCCCACUUCUGCAUAUCUUUGGUUCAAGUCAGUUGAAGUUGCUAACAAGGAGUCAGAUGAGCUAGACAAGAGGGAUGGGUAUCUUUAGCUUCUUAUACUCCAUCGCCCCUGAAAAAGGCUCCUUUCUUUUUUGGAAUGGCGAAAAAUAAGGUUCAUAAAAGUAAAAAUUGUGUGGUUCAUAUUGUUUCUUUCUAUCUCUGUAUAAAUGUCAUUCUAUGAAGCACAAAAACUCUCGGGAAACUCUACGCCCUUUUCAGAAACUCUACGAAAACUCUUUGAAAACUCCACAACGCCCUUUUCUUAUAUUAAAAGAUGAUGUUGAUCAUUCAUGUUUCCC